UAAAUGACAUUAAAUUGACACUUUCAUAACACUUCAAACAGUUUAUUUUAUAUUUAGUUUAUUGCAAAACAAUUUUAAUCUAAAUUUCAGAUAAAAAUGUUAGGUAGGGUUAGCAAACAGUUUCAUAACAAGUUCAAAAAUUUAGUAAAAUAUGUUUUGAAACCGAUCCGACAAUAUGCUGCUGAAGCCACGGUACCAAUUUCACCCCCAGAAGUCCAUUGUUUCGACGCAAGCAAAAUUCCAACCGAAGUAAAAAUCACAAAGGCAGAAGCUCUAGAAUUAUACGAGAACAUGGUCCUCAUACGGCGCAUGGAGACUGAGAUAGCAAGUCUGUAUAAAGAGAAGAAGGUGUAUGGGUUCUGCCAUCUGUAUGUGGGCACGGAGGCAGUGGGCACAGGCAUAGUCGCGAACAUGAAGCCGGUUGAUAAUCUUAUUACUUCUUACAGAUGUCAUGCUUUCGCCAUGAUGUUCCAAAACAGGCAGAAGAAGAACGGACCGUAUACCGUGAUAUCAGAACUUGCGGGCAAAGCCGACGGGAUAUCUGCCGGCAAGGGAGGUUCCAUGCAUAUCUACGUGCCGCCGUAUUUUUAUGGCGGCCAGGGAAUAGUGGGCGGUCAGGUACCACUCGGCAUCGGACUGGGUUUUGGCCAUAUGUACUCCGAUGACGGGGGCGUAGCCUUCGCCCUGUACGGCGACGGGGCCUCCAAUCAAGGACAGGUAUACGAGUCGUUUAAUCUGGCGGCGCUACUCAAGCUACCAGUUGUCUUCGUAUGCGAGAACAACUUGUACGGCAUGGGCACCGCGGCCAAGAGGUCUUCAUCCUGUCUGGAGUACUACAAGGCUGGCAGGGUCAUCCCCGGGAUCAAGGCCGAUGGCAUGGACGUGAUCACUACCAGGGAGAUAGCCAAGGUAGCGAGCGACUAUAGCCGCGCUGGUAACGGGCCAAUACUCCUCCAAUUCGAAUGCUACCGCUACUACGGACACUCCAUGUCGGAUCCGGGCAUGAGUUACAGGUCGCGCGAGGAGGUGCAACAGGUCCGGCAGUCUAGGGACCCCUUAAACCAUCUCAAGGACACGCUCACGGACACACAACUCGCGACUGAUGAAGAGAUUGAGGAAAUUAACAAAAAAGCCAAGAAACUAUGUGCAGAAGCAAAGAAAGCUGCCGAGGCGGCCCCAGUUCCAGACGUUAAAGAGCUAUACACAGAUCUCUACGUGAAAUAUCUCGAGGAACCCAGAAGAAGGACAUGUGUUGGGUGACUUAAACAUACAAUAUCGGCCCGAUUCCAACUUAAAGAUACGUCAGUUAAGAUCUAGAAAAGAUACGGAUUGGAUAUGUCAGUGUCAAACAAGUGUCAAAAUUGACGUUUCUACAAACAAAUACGUCACUUUUGACACUGACAUAUCUAAUCCAUAUCGUUUCAAUAUCUAGUAUUUGACGUAUCUCAUUGUUUGAAUACGAGGGUAUGUAUCAGAACGAAAGGCAAAUACAGAGCGGCUACCGCGAAAAAUGAAAUUCCGCAAAUUGCGGGGAUCUUUCUCUUUUACUCUAAUGAAGGCGUAAUUAGAGUGACAGAGAAAAAUCACCGCAAUUUGCGAACUUCGAUUUUCGCGGUUAUAGCCCUGAGCAACUUUUACUAUGGGACCAACCCCGAAACCGCGGAAAAAAAUUGGUUGUUUCAUACAUUUUGCUGGUCUGAUGUUGAAAUCUCCGAUGGGAGAGUCAAUUUUUUUUCCGCGUUUUCGGGGUAGGUCCCAUAGUAAAAUUUGCUCUGUAUGAUCUAAACAUUAAUGGGUCUCUUUCUUUGCCUUUCGUUCUGAUACAUACUGUAUAUGAUGCCCGAUUAAAAUUUUCGGAGAUGUAGUCCUGACUCCUAUCAAUAUUUAUAUGAAAACUUUUAAAAAUUGGUCGUUGGCAAUGUACCAUCACGCUCCGCAAUUGUUGCGCCAUUUAGGGUCCGUAGCUAAAUUAUUGGUUGUUUGAUACUUGCGCUAUGGAUGUCCAAUUUAGCUAGAACCCUAAAUGGCUUAACUUUCCCGUGUGGUGACUGUACCUAACUCUCAAAAUUUACUGUAACAUGAAUUGUAUUUUUCAUAUUUAUGCUUUCAAAGUGGAUUUUUUUUGACGUAUAUUUUAUAUGGUGUGAGUUUAUAUGGCUGUAUUUGGAUAUGUCUUUUGUUUUUGUUUUGUAAAUAAAUUAUUUAAUGUUAA